AUGUCGGCCAGGAUGCAGCAAGGCCAACGGCCCGGAGGCUCUAGAUUCGCACAGUUCAAGCUGGUGUUGUUGGGAGAAUCCGCCGUCGGAAAGUCUUCUCUAGUAUUGCGCUUCGUCAAGGACCAAUUCGACGACUACCGGGAAUCCACCAUCGGCGCCGCCUUCCUCACCCAAACCAUCGCCCUCGAUGAAAACACAACCGUCAAGUUCGAAAUCUGGGAUACCGCAGGCCAGGAGCGCUACAAGUCCCUCGCGCCCAUGUACUACAGAAAUGCAAACUGCGCCGUAGUCGUCUACGACAUCACACAGGCUGCCUCUCUAGACAAAGCGAAAGCCUGGGUCAAGGAACUCCAACGCCAAGCCAACGAAAACAUCAUCAUCGCCCUCGCUGGCAACAAACUCGAUCUCGUUACCGAAAGCCCCGACAAGCGCGCCAUUUCCACAGCCGAUGCCGAGCAAUACGCGCGUGAGGCUGGUCUGCUCUUCUUCGAGACGUCGGCCAAGACGAGCGAGAAUGUCAAGGAGCUGUUUACCGCUAUUGCCAAGAAGUUGCCGAUUGACCAGGCUAGUGGACCGAGAAACUUGAGACCGGGGCAGCAGCGACAGGGCGUUAAUCUGAGGCCAGAGGCCAACCAGACACAGGGUCCUGGGGGUUGCAACUGCUAG